GUCUCCACUCGGUCCUAACUGCUUUUCAAAAACAAAAAAAACAAAAAAGAGAAACGCUUCAGUAAUAAAAUGUACUCCACAUCCUUCACCAGUCACCCCCGCCGUUUAAAACCUCUCUCAUUCACUUCCAUUAUCUAAAUUCCUAAACCAAACACACUCUCUCUCUCUCCUCUCAUUUUCUUUUCUCUCUCUUUCUCUGUCUCUCCUUCUACGCAGUCUUUAGGUUUAAUGUCGGCGGCCGAGUUCUCCACCUGCGUCGCCUAUGGCCUCCAGCUGGCGAAGCGUGUAUACUACGGCAAAGAGUCGGUUAUGGCACCGGCGGUGGAGCCUCCGGCGAUGUCGAGGUCUCAGGAAGAGUAUGUUCCGUCGGCUCCAAUGGUGUACGCGGUGGUGCCGGAGCCGGCGAUCGUGGACAAUCCGGAAGUUCCGAGCUACCAGCCGUACGUUCACGGUCAGUGUGAACCACCGGCUUUGAUACCUUUGCAUAUGCAUGGAGUAACUAUGGAAAUCGACAGCUAUUUGGAUACUGCGUUCGUCGCGGUGAGCGGCACGUGGCGCGUGCAUUGUGUUAUGGCGGGUAAGAGGUGCGAUUGUCGUGUUGCAGUUCCGAUGGGUGAGAAGGGUUCACUUCUAGGUGUUGAGGUUGAAGUUACUGGAACAUCAUAUCGUACACAAUUAAUCACAAAAGAAGAUAUAGAAAAUUGGGAUAAAGUGGCCAGAGCUCAAGAUGGAUCCUUCAUAAAAAGCCAGAUAUAUACUAUAAAAGUCCCACAGAUAGAAGGAGGAUCCUUCCUUUCCUUGAAAAUGAGUUGGUCUCAAAAAUUAUUAUAUCAUGAUGGCGGCGAGUUCUGCCUCAGGGUACCUUUUAGUUUCCCUGCAUAUGUCACUCCUGUAGCGAAGAAAAUUUCUAAGAAAGAAAAGAUCUUGUUGAAUAUGAACUCUGGUACUGGCACUGAAGUUAUAUGUAGAAGUACCAGCCAUCCUCUUAAGGAGCUUAAGCGGCAAGUUGGUAAAGUAAGCUACGCAUAUGAGGCGGAGGUUUCAGUAUGGUCAAGAACAGAAUUCAAUUUCACAUACAGUGUUCCUUCAAGUGACAUAUUUGGUGGUGUGCUUUUGCAAUCUCCUUCUCUUCUUGACUUUGAUGAAAGAGAGAUGUUUUGCCUAUAUAUGUUCCCUGGAAAUAACAAGACCAGGAAGGUUUUCAGGAAGGAGGUUGUAUUUGUUAUUGAUACAAGUGGAAGCAUGCGGGGAGCUCCUAUUGAGGAUGCAAAGAAUGCUCUGCUUGCAUCACUUUCUAACCUUAACCCGGAAGAUACUUUCAACAUAAUAGCUUUUAAUGAAGAGGUUAACUUAUUCUCACCUUCAAUGGAACUGGCCAAGAAGGAACCAAUAUCAAAUGCUACACAGUGGAUCAGCACUAAUCUUAUUGCGAAUGGCGGUACAAAUAUAAGACUUCCCCUAGAACAGGCAAUCAAAUUGUUGGCCAAAAACAGUGGUUCAGUUCCAUUCAUUUUCCUCAUCACAGACGGAGCCGUUGAAGAUGAAAGAGAGAUCUGCAAUAUUAUGAAAGGUUAUCUCGAAAAUGGAGGUUCAGUUUGUCCUCGCUUAUGUACUUUUGGCAUAGGUUUAUAUUGUAAUCACUACUUCCUGCAAAUGCUUGCGCAAAUUGGGAGGGGUUGUUAUGAUGCUGCUUAUGAUGCAGAUUCAAUCGACUUUAGAAUGCAAAGAUUAUUUACAAAUGCUUCGUCAGUCAUUCUUGUGGAUAUAACGUUGAACUCCUUGGAUCAUCUUGAUUCACUUGAGUUAUUUCCACAUCGCAUUCCAGACCUUUCAUUGGGAAAUCCAUUAAUUAUAUCAGGCAGAUAUGAUGGAAUCUUUCCUGACUUCAUUAAAGUUAGUGGUACCAAAGUCGAUAUGAGCAAUUUUGUUAUAGACAUGAAAGUGCAAAGAGUAAAGGAUUUGCCACUUAAUAGGGUGCUUGCAAGGAGACAGAUUGAUAUACUCACCUCUCACGCGUGGUUAUCAGGAAGUAAAGAGCUGGAGGAGAAGGUAGCUAAACUCAGCAAACAAACAGCGGUUCCAUCCGAGUACACUUGCAUGGUUCUAGCGCAGACGGAUAAGGGGAAGAAAGCGCCAGAGUCGGUUAUUAAACAAGAGGUUAACAACAUACUUAACCGGUGGAAAAGGACGGAGUCAAAGAGCGAGAAGAUCUUAUUCCUUGGAAGCCUUGGUGUUGGGUUUGGUAACUUGAGUGCAACAGCUGCAAAUGUUCCCCUAAUAAUAGAAGCAAAGACAUCUGAUGCUGCAGGCUUAUUGGUUAAGGCUGCUUCCAACUGUUGCGGUCGGCUGCUCGAUCGCUGCUGUUGCAUGUGUUUCAUUCAAGCUUGUUCAGCCGUGAACAACCAGUGUGCAAUUGUUUUCACACAACUCUGCACUGCCCUCGCCUGUUGCGAAUGCGUGAAUUAUUGUUAUGAGCUUUGCUCUUGAAUGUAACUAUUAGAUUAUAUAUAAACAAAACCAAACAUGCGCAAGAAAUACGAUGUGGUAGCACAUAUAAUACAUAGUUGCUUUUUUAUUUAAA